AUGUUUUCAGAAAUAAUACCUUCAUUAAUGGAAUAUUCUCAACAUCUGGAUCGUACCAUUAAGGAAUUACAACAAUAAAUCUUAUAAAUGGAAACUAUAACGAAUAAAACAAAUUCACAUAAAAGACCUCUUGAAAUGAAAUAUUUAUAACAUAAAUCUUCACUUCCAUCAACUCUCCCUGAUGUUAAUAAUGAUAUAGAUAAAAUUCUUUAAACAGCUGAAUAAUUUUUAUCUGAUCCCAACAAGACAUAAAUUGAACCUAAGAAAUAAGAAAAGCAAGAUUUUGAAUAACCAAAAAGAAAAUUAGAAUCCAUCAAGUAGUCAAAUAACAAGAAGUAAAUUCUGUCUCGUAAAGUGAGUCAAAAAAAGUUAUCACCUUCUAAAGUAUCAAUGCAUAAAAGAUCUGGAUCAUUGUAUAAAUAAGAAGUGACACCAAAAGUUACUUAAGUUUAACCUAAAUUUCCAAUGUAAUAAAGAGAAUCAACUAAAUCAUUUAAGGAUUAAAGCAGAUUAAUAAAAUAAUCACCAACUAAAUCAAUUCAUGAGAAAAAUUCAAUUUUUAUUGAAGAUUAAAGUAAAGCUAAACCACCUAUUCCUGUUGUUUAGCCAGUUAGAAAAUAAGCAUCAUAACCAUAUUUAUAAUUAUAACCCAUUCCAUAAUAAUAAUAAUAAUAAUAACAAUAAUAAUAAAAUUUGAAUUCAUCUUACUCAUAACCAUAAAACAAUAACAAAAUUGAGAACACCUAACAAUAAUAAUAAAAUGUAUUGAAGAAAUUUGAUUUUAAUGGUUACAAGGAAUUGAGUAGAUUGAAAAGAAUGAAAGAUGCCAUUUUUGUUGAAUAUUAACAAAGUUAUACAUAUUUUAGAGAAAAAGAAUAAAAGUCUAGAGCUAGAUUUCUAACUAAAUUUCAUCAACAUAUGAAUGAAAGAAAGAAAUUGCUAUAAUAAUCUGCUUACGGAGAUAAAUAAACAUUUUUUUUCCUUAGUGAUUAAAUCCAUCCAUAAUACUUCUCAUUUANGAUUUUGUCAAAUAGAAACAAACUAAUCAUACUAUUUAUAAUAUUUAUGAGAUAUGAUAAAUCAAUUUUUACUUAUAUUUAUUACUUUUUGCCUAUCAUUUAAUAUGAUACAAGUAUAAUUGAAUUCUGUUAAAAGUAUUUACUUGAUUAAAAUUAUUAUAUAUAUAAUGUUUUCAGAAAUAAUACCUUCAUUAAUGGAAUAUUCUCAACAUCUGGAUCGUACCAUUAAGGAAUUACAACAAUAAAUCUUAUAAAUGGAAACUAUAACGAAUAAAACAAAUUCACAUAAAAGACCUCUUGAAAUGAAAUAUUUAUAACAUAAAUCUUCACUUCCAUCAACUCUCCCUGAUGUUAAUAAUGAUAUAGAUAAAAUUCUUUAAACAGCUGAAUAAUUUUUAUCUGAUCCCAACAAGACAUAAAUUGAACCUAAGAAAUAAGAAAAGCAAGAUUUUGAAUAACCAAAAAGAAAAUUAGAAUCCAUCAAGUAGUCAAAUAACAAGAAGUAAAUUCUGUCUCGUAAAGUGAGUCAAAAAAAGUUAUCACCUUCUAAAGUAUCAAUGCAUAAAAGAUCUGGAUCAUUGUAUAAAUAAGAAGUGACACCAAAAGUUACUUAAGUUUAACCUAAAUUUCCAAUGUAAUAAAGAGAAUCAACUAAAUCAUUUAAGGAUUAAAGCAGAUUAAUAAAAUAAUCACCAACUAAAUCAAUUCAUGAGAAAAAUUCAAUUUUUAUUGAAGAUUAAAGUAAAGCUAAACCACCUAUUCCUGUUGUUUAGCCAGUUAGAAAAUAAGCAUCAUAACCAUAUUUAUAAUUAUAACCCAUUCCAUAAUAAUAAUAAUAAUAAUAACAAUAAUAAUAAAAUUUGAAUUCAUCUUACUCAUAACCAUAAAACAAUAACAAAAUUGAGAACACCUAACAAUAAUAAUAAAAUGUAUUGAAGAAAUUUGAUUUUAAUGGUUACAAGGAAUUGAGUAGAUUGAAAAGAAUGAAAGAUGCCAUUUUUGUUGAAUAUUAACAAAGUUAUACAUAUUUUAGAGAAAAAGAAUAAAAGUCUAGAGCUAGAUUUCUAACUAAAUUUCAUCAACAUAUGAAUGAAAGAAAGAAAUUGCUAUAAUAAUCUGCUUACGGAGAUAAAUAAACAUUUUUUUUCCUUAGUGAUUAAAUCCAUCCAUAAUACUUCUCAUUUAUUGAAGAACAAUUAACUAUUGGAUAGCCGAAAACUCUUUUAAUCCUUAAAUAUUGCGAAUAAGUCUAAAAAACUAUUGAUUCAAUUGAAGUAAGUCUCUAUUCUCUAUUUUCAGUUUGAUGACGAAUUAUUAAAGAAUCUUAAAAGAGCCAAUAAAUAAAAUAUUUCUAAGAUAUCAUUAACAGAAUUAAUUGAAGUUUUUAAAUUAUGGAGUCAAGUCUAAAUUAUUAGAUAAAAUUAUCAAUAGCUCACAUAAUUUAUAUAGCCCAUACCAGAAUUGACCUACGAUUUGAUAUAGUGGAUUUGUUUAAGACCUAAAAUUAUCAAGAAAGAAAAAGUCUAAAUGUAAUUAAGUCAAAAAGUUAUUCGUUCUAAUUAAUUUGCAUCAUCUUAGGAAGAAGCUCUUGAAACAAAUAAACUUAUUAUAAAAGAAGAGAUCUUUCGAUUUUUAUGGGAUAUCAUUUAAAAAUUAGUAUUCUCAUAAUAAUAACUUGAAACUUCAAUGACUUUAUUCAAAUCCAUUCUCAAAUUCCUCACUAAAAACAAUUGCAGUAUCUAUGUGUAUAAGAAAUCAGAUUUAUUUAUAUGA